AUGGAACGUCUCAAGGUGAAGAGGACGUCGCGAAGGAGACAAGCUACGAGGCUUGUGGGAGAAGCCAAGACUGCACUGAGCAGCACUCCUAAUGAUCGGAAGACCGUCGAAAGCUUGUUGGAACGUCUACGCGUGAAUCUUGAAGAGCUGAAAGAGAUCAAUUCCGAGUUUGAAGGUCAUCUCAAGGACGAUGAAUUAGAGGUGGAAUAUGAAAUGGCUCUGGAAUACGAAGAAAACUCUAUAAAGGAAAUGUCUAACCUACGUGUCGCCUUGCAAGAGCUCACCUCAGUGUCGACGCCUGCCACUCAGGUGGCCGCUCCAACGAAUGUGGCACUACUUGGGACUCAGUCUGCCGCUCACACGCCGUCGCUUCAUGGCAAUCACGCUGGGACCCGUCUGCCAAAACUUCAACUGAUGCGUUUCCGAGGUGACCUAUCGGAGUGGCUUCCCUUUUGGGAACAAUUCAAAGGAACCGUACAUAACAAUAAUAACCUUUCACAACCAGAGAAGUUCUUCUACUUAAGGUCACUGUUGGAUGGAGCAGCUGCAGCCGCCAUAUCAGGUCUACAAGCUUCGGAGGUGUGCUACAACGAUGCCAUUGAAAUCUUGAUGGAAAGAUUUGGAGACAAGCGUCGCAUUGAAAGGCAGUACCUGACCAAACUGAGGACAUUGCCUCCAAUUAAAACUCACAAAGAUUUUCGAGGGCUUAGGAAGCUAUAUGAUCAAGUUCAAGCAAACGUGCGAGGUCUCAAAGCACUGGGUGUGGAAAGCAGCUCAUUUGCAACAAUGCUGACAGAUACUAUCCUUUCAGCGUUGCCUACUGAAAUGGCCAUGGAAUAUUAUCGUACUGAGAAGAGAGGCCAGCAGCUUGGCACAGCAAAUUUGGAAGGCAAUGGAGACGAGACCAAUGCCGGAGUGAGUACCGCUGGAAGAGAGAGUGUUGGAACUACGGAGUUAGAUCGAAUUCUAAAGUUUCUCCUAAUUGAAAUCGAAAGCUUUGAGCACCUCAAGUUCAAUGGAUGUGCCUAUGACGACAACGAGAUGAGAGGACAUCAGAGGCAAGGUGAUCGACCCCAGGCAGAAAUCAGGACUGGUUCCCGAAUGGUCCCCAAGUGGUUCCAUUUGCAGUUGAAUGGUCCCAGAUGGGUCCCCAAGUGGUAUUAA